AUGAAUCUCGACAGCUACAAAAAGGUCAACACCUACAUGGAGGAGGAGGAUCGAGAACAGGGGACCGGCGACAGAUUGACGUGGAUUCAAGUGCUGAUGAGCGAUGCCCAGCAAGCAGUGCUCUAA